UUAUUUUUAUUAGGUUUUUUACCGUCACUGCUAACCUCAAUCGGAUGAACACUUUUUGACAGUCCAGCAGUACUGUUUGUAAACAGAAAUUUCUUUUGUUUGUUUAUUGACAAAUUGGAUCAGACCAUUUACGGUCCGUAUCGCCUAAAUAAAGUUUGAAAACAUUUGUUCACGUUUGAAUACGGUUCGUUUUUGAUAUUUAUUAAAUAAAAGUGACUAGUUGCAAAGUGUAAAGAUGAUUGUUUUAGAUGUGCUCUUCGAUUUUUGUUUAAGCUUGUUUGUAAACAGUACCGCUGAACUGUCAAGGAUGAAUACUUGUUCAUUUGUGUCGUCACGAUAAAAAACCUAAUUUUGAAAGUAUGCAAUGUGCCAUUCACUCGCGGUUUGUAAGUUUGAUUAUUCUGAAUACUUGGAAUUAAGGCAUAGACAUCAAUCACGGUUAGCAUGAAACGAAACGAAAAGUUUGCGAGUGAAAAUGGUUUCGAAGAAUGGGGUGAUUAUAUGGGUGCAAAAAUCUCUAAAUUAGAGGAACAAUUUCGUCAAUCUGCGGCGGCUUGUGUGGACGUUAAACUUUCGGAUUUAUUUGCUGGAAUAUCAAUAUUCGUUAACGGUUACACGAAACCCUCGGCCGACGAGUUGAAGCGCCUUAUGAUGCAACAUGGCGGAAUCUACCAUCACUAUAAACGUCCGACCACUACCUAUGUGAUUGCAUCGAACCUAUGUGAUGUGAAGAUAAAAUCUAUCACCUCGGAUGUCAUAAUCGGUCCCGAGUGGGUGGUGGAAUGUAUAGAACAGAUGCGGAUCAUUGAUUACAAAAAAUAUCUGUUGUACACCAAUCACAAACCAUCGCAACCGAAGUUGAUGUUCGGCCGAGUGGAUCGAAAUUUGGAAAUUCAGAAACCUGCCACUAAAUCGAACGAUAAAAAUGAUAUUACCAAUGAAGAGGUCCUGAAUUUGAUGAGUAAGCUAAGUGCGUUGAACGAAAAGUAUCAAGAAUCUGUCGCACACGAAAAAUGUACGCCUAAAGUCGAAUCAUCGUUUACCGACCAAGAUCAUGAUGAUGCUGAAAAUAUACCGACUCAAAUUGAAUCCGCAUCGUUAGUAGAAUCGACGCGUGGAACGGAAAUUGCUAAUGACAGCAGUUUGUCAUCAGAACAGAAAUCCGAAUGUUCGAGCAAAGGCGCAAAUACCACAAAGUCAUCACUAACGGCAACCGAUCCGAACUUCCUUCAAGAAUUUUUCAACAACUCGCGCUUGCAUCACAUAGCCACACUCGGAGCUGGUUUCAAACAGUACGUGGCAGAGUUGCGCGAAUCACAUACGGGAACAUUUCCGGACAGAUCGGCAUUACAAACUAUAGAAUGCAAAACCAGUGAAUUCGAAAGCCAGGGGCCGUACGUUAUGCACAUCGACAUGGACUGUUUUUUCGUAUCGGUUGGACUCCGCAAGUACCCAAGCUUACGUGGACAUCCGGUGGCGGUCACACAUUCAAAGGGUUCCGAAGCAGGGAGGGUUCAGAGCCGUCCCGGUCAGAAUCGAUCGCUGGAGAUUGAACUGUACCAGAAACGACUGGCAGAACGCCACAAGACUCCGGAUAUUCCGUACGAGUCCCGGCUGCUGAACAUUGACGAUAACAAUUCGAUGUCGGAAAUUGCUUCCUGCAGUUAUGAGGCACGCAAAAUGGGCGUCAAGAAUGGGAUGUUUGUUGGGUCGGCAUUGAAACUUUGUCCGGAUUUAAAAACGAUUCCGUACGAUUUCGAUGGCUAUCGGGAAGUAGCCUUCACCCUGUAUAACACAAUUGCGAAAUACACAUUGAACAUCGAAGCCGUGAGUUGUGAUGAAAUGUUCGUGGACCUUACGGAGCUCAUCAGUAGUACGGGAGUCAACCUGAUGGAUUUCGUAAGUUUUAUUCGAGGGCAAAUCAAACAAACUACGGGAUGCCCUUGCUCAGCUGGUUUAGGCGCCAAUCGAUUGCAGGCUCGUAUGGCUACCAAGAAAGCGAAACCGGACGGCCAGUUCUAUUUGGCGCCGGACACCGUCCAAGAGUACAUGAUAAAUAUACCGAUUUCAGAUUUACCCGGCAUCGGACCUAGCACAACUCACCGUUUGAAACAGCUAUCCUGUACGAGCUGUGGAGAGCUGCAGAAAGUUUCUUGUAUUAUUCUUCAGAGAGAAUUCGGUAAAAAAAUCGGAGAUACCAUUUAUAACGCCUGUCGGGGCAUUGAUGAGCGUCCGUUGGUUUACGAACAAGUUCGAAAAUCGGUUUCGGUUGACGUAAAUUAUGGCAUCCGAUUCCGGGAUGACACCGAGGUGGAACGUUUCAUGAAACAGUUGACCGAAGAAAUUCACAAACGCCUACUGGAUAUCAAAAAACGUGGUAAAUUGAUUACCGUUAAACUUCUCGUUCGAUCACCGGAGGCACCGAUAGAAACGGCCAAGUUUAUGGGACACGGUCUCUGUGACAUAAUCACGAAAUCGUUCUCUUUGAAAGAACAUACCUCGGAUUUGAGCGUUAUAGAAAAAACUGUUCUCUCGCUUAUGAAGCAAAUCUCGGCUCCGCCUCACGAACUCCGCGGCAUUGGGCUUCAAAUAUCGAAGUUCGAGGAAACGAAACCGUUCCAUGUAGCAAAAAAUACCUUGAAAAUGAUGUUUCAAAAAGCUGAAGCCAAACAUGAAACAACGAAAAAUGAUUCCGUUAAGGGCAUGGACGAAACCAUAAAAACAUCGCCAGUGAAACAAAUUUCACCAGAAAAAGAAAUAACUCCGAUAGAAGCGGUGAACACUUCAAGUACGUCAACUGUCACUCCAAUCAAACAGUCUACACUAAAAACCAGAAACUCGGUACCAAAAUACGGCAGAGGAAGAGGUCGACCGCCCAAAUACCCGAUAACCAGUAAACCUAAGCAGCAAAACAACGAUAUGAUGCGGUUUCUCAGAGAACCCAAAAUCAAAGAGGACUCGAUCCCGGAAGGUAUUGAUCCGGACUUUUUGGCCGCUCUUCCAGCGGACAUCCGUGCCGAGGUGAUCAAAGAUUACCGGUAUCAAGCGAACAAAAAGAACAAUAGCGAUGCAACGACGAGCAAAGAAGCUUUGCCCAAGCCGCCGCCGGUUGAUGAAACCGCAAUCCUUCCGAAAGCGGAAAAAAUUACCGUAGACGUAAAAUUCCUGGAAGCACUGCCAGCAGAUUUGCGUCGUGAAGUGGAGAAACAAAUUGAGCUACAAAAAGACACUAUGCAGAUAACCAGCACCGAACCCGAGUUUCACGAACAUCUACAGGUCACUCCAGAACCAAGCCCGGUUAAAUAUACAUCGAAAAAGUCACCUUGCAGCACACCAACUCGCUGCGAAACAGAUCAAUCUGUCACCGAAUCCGACAACAUUCUGUUGCGUUCCGAUUGGCGCAAUCUGCUGACGGCCUGGAUCGAAAGUGCCGAUGAACCGGAAGACGUGGACAUCGACAUGAUUGCCGCUAAUGCGAGGCAACUGGUCGAAUGGAGAAAACUGUGUGAGCUUCACCUGGGAUUGCGGUUUCUGUUCAGAAUUAUUAAUGAUCGCAACUUAUGCAGUUGGCAUAAAGCGUACUUCCGGAUUGUGCACUCUAUGCAGCAGGGUAUGCGGGAGGUUUAUCGGAGCAAAUUAGCCGUCCGGAAUGAUUUCGAUUGUUCCGACAAGGAUUGCUACAGUGCGUGGCAGUAGUUUGUACUUGCAUUUUCAUAACCUGUUUUGUAUUGGAAUGUGUCGUGAUAACUCAAAAUAAUACUGUUGUGUUUGCUUAUUGCAGAUAUUUCUAGAUCUUUAACGUUGAAUACACAAUCCACAACUCUUGUAUCGAUAUUCACUUUUGCAAUAAAAUUGUUACUU